AGUUUAUCAUCUGAUUUCUUCAUGAUAAACCAUGGGUGUGAUAAACGGAACCACCGUGUCAAAUGGCUCAAGUGUGGACCGAGACCACUGUGACACCUACUGCAGAGCAGUUCUGGUAGCAGCCUAUAGUGUGGUUUUAUUUGGAGGCACCCUUGGAACAGUUGUGAUGUCACGCAUGAUGUUCAAAAGGAACAGCCAGUCAGCGAUUGCCACGAUCAUCAUUAAUAUCAUUGUGCUGCACUCCCUCCUCCUGGUCACUCUGCCAUUCCGCCUCAGCUACUACCUCUCAGCAGUCUGGAAGCUUGGGUCUUUUACCUGCCGAGUGGUCAGCGGUGUCAUAUACGGUCAUAUGUACUUUACCUUUGUUUUCUAUGUGGCCAUUGUCACACUUCGGUUGCUCAUCUAUUUUAAGAAACUCCAAAUGCAACAGUUACAGAAGUUCCAUGCCGUGAUCCUAAGUAUUAUUAUUUGGAUGGUGGGAAGCUUCAUCUUUUUGCCAAUAUUUUUUUUACAGUACGGCACAGAUCCAAGUUAUGUAGAACAACAGCGAUGUUUUGAGUUUCAUAGAUCCCUCAACUGUACGGAUAUCAUCAUCUUGAACUACUCCAUGAUUGCCAUUAUGAUGACAACAGUUGUGGUCCUCUUUCUGGUCCAGCUGGCUGUCAUUCUGUGUUUGAUAAGAGACUAUUGGCCUGAUAUGUGGGCCCAUCAAGAGUACAGAGCCCAAAUCAAGAGUUUCUUCUUCCUGAUAGUCAUAGUUGUCUGCUUUAUACCCCACCAUGCAUUCAGGGUAUAUUUUAUUCAGAAUUAUCCAGAGGAAAAUAAUUCUAAGUUAAUACUUUACAAUGAAAUCUGUGUUGCUUUAACGGCCUUCUGCUGCCUGGAUAUGUUGUGUUUCGUAGGUGGCAUCAUCCAUUAGACCUUCCUAUGUUUUUUUUUUGUGACUGCUUUAGAGAAUAUCAUGAUGAAAAACAUGUUGAUUGAAUAGGUUAGGGGCUGUUGUCAUCUUAAAAUCUUCAAGCUCUCUGUUCCUGAACACCAAAUUUUUAGAUUUCCCUUUGCCAAAACUGUUUUCUUACAAAAACUUAAUUAACCAUAGUCACCCCCUUUCCUUUGAGAACACUUACAGGUCCUAAAUGUAUCCCAGAAUAUGUUCUAUUUUUUUAGCCUCAUAACAAUCAAACACUUCCUUUUUCCAUUUCAUGCAGUAUUCACUCAGUCAGCCACAUCUAUUGGUUCUUCCAGUACCCUUGAGGCAUUUACUCUAUUAAAUUUGCUCUGAAUAUAUUUGAUACCCCCCAUUCCUGUCCACCAAGAUCUAGAGAACCUAUAGAUAGGGGAUCUACAGAUAAACAGGGCACUAAAGUUGCCUUAAUUUAUUCAACUUACAGUUUCCUGUGAUAUUGGUAUUGGGAGGGGAUCAUUAGGUUAAAUAGAGUGGUCAAGAAUGUUAGAGGAAACUCUUCCAAGAGAUUAGGCAUUGGUGUGGUUCAUUCUGAUCAAGGCACAAUAUGGACUUGGAAGGCAGAGAUUACCUUCUGAGCUACCUUCAGUACAACAGCAGUGAAAGACACUGGAAAAAGCAUCAAGAAACUGGACCUAGGAUGAGCUUGCCAAUAGACUCUUUAGGCACAAACUUUUGAGGCUAUAGGUGCUUUUUAUGAUUUUCCAAAAUACCCUACAUACCCAAGAACCAUCAUAUAAUUAAAUGAGAACCUAUGUCUGCUGUGCUCAAUAAAAGCAAUCAAAAUAAUUAACUGGAUUCUGUUUAUAUCAUAUAGAAAUUGACAUGUACUUAUACUUUGCUUAUAGUAAUACAUACUUGAAGAAUGUAAUUAAUACCACAAUCAAACAAUGCUCUGGUGGCUAAUAGGUGAGCAUAGUUAAUACAAAUGAGUUUUGGACCUAGUGUGUGUGUGUGGUGAAUCUGUGUUUUGUAAUCAUUGAACUUUGGAUCAUAUAAUCCUUUCCAUGGGUACUUUGAUAGAAAAGAAUGCUUAACAUGUGGGAUUCAGAGUAUAAGUUCUUCCUUCCCUAAUUCAGUGGCAUCUUUUAGAGUACAAUUUUAAGACAGGGUUAUUGCAGUUGGUUUUCUUUUC